AAAUGUGUCAGAAGUGUUAGAAGAAGAAGCCGUCACGUUAGUAGAUCCGCCUGCAGUGAAGUUGCAACGCAGACUUAUUAGCCGGAAGGCUAUGGUACUCCGGGUGAGACGCUGCUAAUUAAACAACUGUUUCCGUUGAGCGACCUGGUAUGUGUCAUACAGCUUCUAGCUAACAAAGCUGGACCUAGAGCGCAGAGGGGCUGGAGGUGACGGUACCAGACACCGGAGAUGUGCUUCAGCAGGAGGCUCCGCUGUGAGAGCUAGCUACAAGCUAGCUGCUCGGUGUUGAAGAUGAUGGCUGACAGAUGACCUCCAUGGAGUCCGUGUCCUCGACCCCACCCUCCCUAGUUGUCUCCGAGCUAUGAGGCCUGGAACUGAACCUCCAGCAGUAUUUCAUGGAAUUCAUGUAUCAUAGUGGAUUGUUGGAAACUGGCUCUCUGUCACCCUCUUGAUACACCUCUACCCCCUCCCUGCAACCAAACAGUAGGAUGAAAUCACAACCAUGUGACUGGACCUGAACUCCAUUACCAUCGAAGACCAUUGUCGUGGUGUCCUGUCACCGGUUCCCUACAAAACAUCCAUCCUGUAUUGUCUUUAGGCCAUGGUUCUCAAGAAAAGUUCUGUAAUCCUAUGCAGUGCUUUUCUUUUUGUAGCCUGGAAUGCAUUACUUUUGCUGUACCUUUGGGGCCGACCUCCCAUCGGCCGCCUCGGAGAGGGCGGAGGAGCCGAACCAGGAGGGCAGGAGGAGUGGGGCCUCAGCAGGGACAGAGCAGGUCACAGCAAUCUUGCCGAGGAGAUGAUCCGGCUGGCAGAUGAAGUGGAAAUCCAGCUUGAUACCCAGAAGAAGCUCCUAAAGCAGAUUGAAAGUCACCGGGCAGUUUGGGCUCAGCAGAAGUGGGCUGGGAAAAAGGAGGAUUUUUUAAAAGAACUGAAGGAGGUGGUGAUCCAGCAGCCAUCUCCCAGAACCCCUGGUCCUAAUCUGAACAGCGUGAAUGUCCACACUGAUGAUGGAAACACACAGAAAAUGGUUAGAACAUCAGCUCCAAACUCAUACUCCGAGGACUCCCCAGAGAAGGUUCUGAACCCUCAAGGGACAACACCGGUCCUCAGUCCAGAACCCACCAUUCCCAUUCUGGUCAUCGCCUGUGACAGAGUCACAGUGAAGCGCAGCCUUGAUAAGCUGAUUCAGUAUCGGCCCUCAGCAGAACUUUUUCCAAUUAUUGUUAGUCAGGACUGCGGCCACUCUGAGACAGCUCGCGUAAUUGGCUCGUAUGGCAAUCAGGUGACUCACAUCAGACAGCCAGACCUAUCCGACAUCCGAGUCCGACCAGAGCACAGAAAGUUCCAGGGUUACUACAAAAUCUCCAGACAUUAUCGAUGGGCACUGAACCAAGUGUUCAAUACGUUCUCUCAGUCCACCGUGGUUAUAGUGGAGGACGAUCUGGAGGUGGCUCCCGACUUCUUUGAGUACUUCCGGGCUCUGUAUCCCAUCCUGCGCUCUGAUGCCAGCCUGUGGUGCGUUUCUGCUUGGAAUGAUAACGGUCGAGAUGCUCUGGUGGACUCGUCCAGAGCCAAGCUCCUUUACAGAACAGACUUUUUUCCUGGGCUGGGCUGGAUGCUGCUGAAGGAGCUGUGGGAGGAACUGGAACCAAAAUGGCCGUCAGCCUUCUGGGAUGACUGGAUGCGCCAGCCUGAACAGAGAAAGGACCGUUCUUGCAUACGGCCUGAAAUCUCUCGAACUAUCACCUUUGGCCGUAAAGGGGUCAGUCUAGGUCAGUUCUUUGAUCAGUACCUCCGCUACAUUAAGCUCAACACUGAGUUUGUGCCUUUUACCAAACAGAACCUGUCUUAUUUACUGAAGGAGCACUAUGACGAAACGUUUGUUAGAGAGGUUUACAGUGCCACGCUGGUGAAGAUGGAAGACCUACAGAAAGGUGGCGCCUUAAGGAGUCCUGGACCCUACAGAGUGCAGUAUUCCAGCAGGGACAGUUUUAAAGUUUUUGCUCGAAACUUGGGAGUGAUGGACGAUUUGAAAUCGGGAGUUCCCCGUACGGGUUACAGAGGUGUAGUAAGCUUCCAUCACCGAGGCCGAAGGGUGUUCCUGGCCCCGCCGGAGGGAUGGACUCACUAUGAUGUAAGCUGGAGCUGAGAGUUGUCCAGAACAGAAAGAGGGAACCACCUCAGACCAAAGAUAAGUACAGGAGAGGGUUAUAGGUCACAGGGGCUGAUUAUAGGUUACAGAGACGGGUUGCUGUUUCUUUAGUUCUAAUGAAGUCUGAAGAACCCAGCUAGAUGACUUUUGAUUCUCAUCCAAUGAGCAUUCUUUGUUCUUCUCAGAUGAGAACCCAGUCCAGUUUUCUCCCUCAGAUCUAGAGCCAACAUGGUCUGGCUGAGUGAGAUUCACCCACAAACAAAUCAAAAGCCCAACAAUUUGUUUGUUUAACAUAUUUACUAAAAAUAAAGUCUCAUAAUGAAAUGUUCUAACAACUCCGAUCUGGUACCAGACUGGUCGAACCUGGAAUGAAGCUCCUGGAGCUCCUGGUCUAAUCCCCUCACACUGUUGCUUUGCUAAAAAGCUAAUCAGAGUGUUUCUUACAUUGAGAAGAGCUGUGCUGAACCAGAAUCAGGUUUGCAUCAACUUUAAAGAUAAUCUGGGAAAGAUUAUUCCAUAACAUUUAGGAAUACUUCAGACCAGCAGUAGAUCUGAAAUUGACCAGGAAACCAAUAAAUUUUAGACCACAAUCUAGUCUAGAACCUUUGUGAAGCCCGUCGUAGCAGCUUUGUCCUAGUAAAGCCUCACACACCAGAUGCUUUAGAGGCAGUACCUGUACAGACUCGUGAAGAAAUCUCACAAGAACGCCAAAUAAUUAGAAAUUUGACACAAUACAUUUAAAUUCAAAUACCUGUUGAGUAACGUGAACUGAUAUUGCUGUGAUUGAUGACAAAAGAAAACCGGCAAAAAUAUUGCAACGAGGGUUUCAUUUUGAAAUAUAUCAAAAGUAUCACGUGGAAACACGUCUUACUUCCUGUCCAUGUGCAGCGUUCUGAAAAAAAAGACUCCAUGCCAAAGUUUUCCAGAUCUCCGCACCACAGCUGGUGUGAAUGCUCUGAUUGGACUCUGAUUUUUGUUUUUUAAUAUGUGUAACUCAUAUGGAGUCCGGACCACAUCAGUUCUGCAUUCAGUGUGAAAGAGGCUUUACACUUCAUCAAAGGAUAGCAGAGGCAGGCUGAGCCGGUUUGGUUUUGGUGAUAUCACUGUACUGUAAUCUGCUCUGAGGGAUCAUCAACUGGUUCUUCUGUCUGGUGAUGAACAACCACUGCCUGAUCUGUUUAUAACUUUAUUACAAGAACAAUAAAAGACCAUAUUUUGA